AAUUUAAUGAAAAGCUGACCUGCGGUACACAAUUUGAAUAAAACAGAUCACAAUGCUGAAUUCAUUUUUUCGUGGUCUUCUUCGUACCGAAGAGCUGCCGACCAAAGUCCUCGACGUGCGAUCAGACAACUACAUCUCACGACCAGUUCACUACAGGGAAGAUAGUAUGUUAUUGUAUGGUCCGAAAAUACCGAAUGACGGUAAAAAUCCUAAAGAUAAAUAUUACGAAAUCGUUCUAUACAAACCGUUUACAGAGAAUUUACAUCAAAUGUACAGUUUACUUCGGUCGGAAACUCUUGAGAGUGCAGAAGAAAAGUUCAUAGUGUUCAAAGAAAGAAUACCCAUUUUUAUACAAAUUACCAAAGAUUGUACCGUUUCAACCCUACAAAAAUUAUGCGAUAUUUUGUCGGAGCAUCAGUCGUGGACAAUAGCGCAUUUGAUAGCGCACUUUGGCCUGUAUGAACACUUGACUCAUGCGGCGGUAAAGAAACACAUUAAUGAAAUCGAUCCAAUCACGGGAGCCACGCCUUUGAUGGUGGCCCUGAAGACAUCGUGCUUGCGAGUCGUACAAUGUUUGGUGUCGCAUAAUUGCUCUCUGGACACGAUUGAUGUUGAUGGGAACACAGUCUUUCAUUACGCGGCAGCUAGCAACAAGGAGAUAAUUAAUAUCCUGGCCAGUAAAACGUCGGCGCCUCUGAACGUGUACAACCACCAAGGCUACACGCCACUGCACAUGGCUUGCCUCGCGGACGCGCCCGACUGCGUGCGCGCCCUCAUGCUGGCCGGCGCCGAUGUCAACCUCUCCGCCGCCAAACGUUCCACAAGCACCUUGCCUGGUAUCGUGGGUGAUCUGCUUCAAGACAACCAGCCCAAGCUGUACCAGCAGGACAUGAAGCACGGCGGGACCCCGCUGCACUGGGCCGUCUCCAGGGAGGUCAUCGACGCGCUGGUCGACAAGAACUGCGACAUCAACGCCUUGAACUUCGACGGCCGGACCGCCCUGCACGUGAUGGUGCUGCGCGGCCGGCUCGAGUGUGCGAUCGCGCUGCUGUCCAGGGGCGCGGAGAUAUCUGUGGCCGACAACGAGGGAAACACGCCGCUUCAUUCGGCGGUCAAACAAUCGUACGUGAUCACUCAAGCGCUGGUGGUCUUCGGUGCUGACCUGAACGCGAGGAACAACGCCGGCCACACGCCCAGGCACGCCGUGCUCGCAGACGCCUCCAAUAACUCUGACAAGAUUCUCUAUGUUCUGCAUUCCGUCGGAGCUAAAAGGUGUCCCCCCGAGCAGGGGGGCUGCGGGCCGGGCUGCGCGGCGCGCGGGGACUACAACGGGGUGCCGCCCUCCACGCUCAGCCCCCCGCCCGCCCGGACGCUCAUUAACCACAUGCUGUCCGUGGCCGCCAUGGAGAAGGCGUCCUGCUUUGAUCCCAGUGAAAAACAGGGCCGUUUGCUGUGCCUGGACGGCGGCGGCAUCAGGGGCCUGGUGCUCGUCCAACUGCUCCUGAGCCUGGAGGAGGCGGUCGGGAAACCCAUCAUACACUGCUUCGACUGGGUGGCCGGGACCAGCACCGGGGGCAUCCUGGCGUUGGCGUUGGCCAGCGGGAAAACUUUAAGGGAAUGCCAGCAGCUGUACUUCAGACUGAAGGAGCUCGCGUUCGUUGGCAUGAGACCGUACCCUUCGGAGGCGCUCGAGAACAUCUUGAAGGAGUGCUUAGGUACAGAAACAGUAAUGUCGGAUAUAAAGCAUCCGAAGCUGAUGAUCCUGGCCGUGCUCGCCGACCGGAAGCCGGUGGACCUGCACAUCUUCAGGAACUACAAGUCUGCUCACGAAAUACUCAGCGAACACAACGGCACGACCGGUCCGGCGGCGGGCGGCGGCGACGAGUCGGCGGCCCCCCCGCCCCCGCCCCCCCACCAGCAGCUCGUGUGGCAGGUGGCGCGCGCCACCGGGGCCGCGCCCUCCUACUUCCGGGCUUCGGGCAGGUACCUGGACGGUGGGCUCAUGGGCAACAACCCCACCCUGGACGCGCUCACGGAGCUGGCGGAGCUGGGCCUGGCGCUGCGCGGCACCGGCCGGGGCGAGCUCGCCGCCGCCUGCGGCCUCAAGAUAGUCGUGUCCUGCGGGACAGGACAAAUCCCCGUGACGCCCGUGAAGGACUUCGACGUGUUCAAGCCGGAGAGCCUGUGGGACACGGCGCGGCUGGCCUGGGGACUGUCGGCGCUGGGCAGCCUGCUGGUCGACCAGGCGACGCAGGCGGACGGGCGCGUGGUGGAGCGGGCGCGCGCGUGGUGCGGCGCGGCGGGCGUGCCGUACUACCGGUUCUCGCCGCCGAUGUCGCGCGACGUCAGCAUGGACGAGCGCUCCGACGAGAGGCUGGUCUGCAUGCUGUGGGAGGCGCAGGCCUACAUGCGCGACCACCGGGAUGAGGUCGCCGAGCUGGCCGCCCUCCUCGCCGAAGCCGGUCAGUCCACCCUCGCGAACACUUAG